CAGAGGUUGUGAUCCUCCACAGUGUGAGUCGGAUCUCCCUGCGGCCGGACGCGCUCCUGUGCAGACAGCGGAGUCCUCUGCUCCUUCAAACCCACUGACGCCUUUAAAAGCUUGAAGAAUGAAAUGCGCCCUGCGUAAAGGUUAAAGAGGGCGCACCACUGCUGGACCCCCCUCCCGCUGUCCGGCACCCCGGGGUCGCGCUUUGUUUGCAGAGCAGACCCUCCUUUUUCUUUCGCCAAAAAUCCCCAGAAAUCCUGAAAAUGGAUCCUUUACGAAGUGGGAAUAAUUGUGAAGAGGACUCGCAGUGUGCUGAGGAGGAAGAAGAAGUAGACCCAAGAAUUCAGGGCGAACUGGAGAAGUUAAACCAGUCCACAGAUGACAUUAACCGCUGGGAGAGUGAGCUGGAGGACUGCCGUCAGCGGUUUCGCGCAGUGCUGGUGGAAGCAACGGUGAAGUUGGACGAGCAGGUGAAGAGGAUCGGACGAGCUGUGGAUGACUCCAAGCCGUACUGGGAGGCCCGCAAAGUAGCAAGACAGGCACAGGUUGAAGCUCAAAAGGCCACUCAGGAGUUCCAGCGGGCGGUGGAGAUCCUGCGGGCUGCCAAGGAAACCAUCGCUCUCGCAGAGGAGAGGCUGCUAGAGGAGGACAGCCGCCAGUUUGACUCCGCCUGGCAGGAAAUGCUCAACCAUGCUACACAGAGGGUGAUGGAGGCCGAGCAAGCAAGAACGCGCAGUGAAGCUGAACACAAGAAAACGGCAGCCAACUACAACUCCUGCAUCAGCCAUAUGAGGCAGUUAGAGAAGAAACUCAAACGCUCCAUCAACAAAUCCAGGCCAUAUUUUGAACUGAAAGCCAAGUACUACUUACAGCUUGAGCAACUAAAGCGUCACGUGGACGAAUAUCAGGCCAAACUUGUAGUUGCUAAGGCCGAUUACCGUGCAGCGCUACGCAACCUAGAGAGCAUCUCUGAGGAGAUACAUGCCCAGCGACGCUCCCUCGCCAUGGGAACCAGGGAGCAGGGUGUUGGUGCGGAGGGAGAUGGAGACAACGAGGACAUUGCCAACUUCAAGAUGGAGUCAGACGGUCUAUCAAUGGUGUCAGUGUCAAUUGACGAAGAGGGCAGUCACAGUUGCACCUCAGAGGAGGAGACCGACACUAUCUCCACCUCCUCAGCCCGAGCCACGCCCUCCUCUCCGUCCUCUUCUUCCUCCCAUCCUCCUACAUCUGCCUCCACCCCCCUCGACAUGCCCUGCCCUUACCCCUCCUCCUCCCUCUACACCCCUUACUCCUACAUCUCCACCUCUCCCUCGUCCUCCGUCCUCUCCGCGUCCUGUCCCGGGGGCCUGGAGUUACUGAGCCCCUGCAGCUCUCAUGACCCAGACUCAGUGUGCGGUUCUGGGCAUGCCUCACCUCUCCUGGGCCCUCGCAGCCAGUGCAGUGGAGCUUCCUCUCCAGACUGCGACCAGGAGAGAGGUGACAGAGCAGAGGGAGCAGAGGCCACGCUGGAGGCCGGUCUGAAUAAGCUAACCUUGACUGUUAAAAAUAAACAAGGGGACUCUGAGGAUGAACAAGACCCCCACUACAUUAACCCCGAAAUCUCCUCUCCCAGCACAGCCACUACCGUUCUGCUUCUCAACAGUGUCUAAUGAACGUCUGUCGUACCUAUAACACUCACCCUGCCCAGCUUCAAGUCUCGAACUGGACUCACUGACAGAAGAUGUGGAACAGAGCAGGACGAAGUGCUCACUGUAAUCAAUCAAUGAGAGAGAAAGCUGCAUACUCCCAGCUCCAACCGAGCUGCCAUCAUGUCACAAUGUCCUUCAGAUGGUGUCUCGAUAAAAGAAGCUAAAUAUAUCAUCAGUAUAUAAUUGUUAAAUGAAUUGUGAAACCAUGUGGACGUAUUGUAAGUAAAAAUAAGAGCGAGAGCAGGAUGGGUGUUGGUCUCUAUUUCACACUUUUAUUAGUGCAGGGGUUAUUCAGUGGACUAUGUUUCCCAUAAACCCCAUUCUUUCAUGUUGCAAAACUGAUUUUAUUGGCUCUGGUUCUGCUCAAAAACACCUUCUUUUUUGUGCCAUAAAGAAAUUUCCUCUUGUGAUGUACAGUGAUGCGGCAAAUCUCCUGUCCAUAUCGUAGAGGCCGCCAGUCCUCUCGUCAGUGGUGUAGCUUUAUAGUGAUGUGUCAAAGUUAAUGUGGUUAACUUUUUAUUGAUGUAACAAAAUGCUGCACUCGGCACCACUAAGAGACAUUUUGUAUUAAUGUGAACAGUGAGCUUAUUUCUCGGCUCUGAAUCUCCACGUGAGGAAGCAAGUGCGACAAAAACGAGCCGUCUCAUGUUGGAUUAUCUCUCUGUUUUUCUGCCUUGAUUUUUGAACUCCUCUUGUAACUCUUGUCAGUUUGAAAUGUAGGAUGUGGAGGCUGUUUUUGAGGAAUAGUUGUCAAGGAAGAAACUAGAGUGCAAGCAGUACUCUAAGCACUAAACUAUAAAGACUUGAGAUGGGACUGAACCUUUUGAAACACAGAUGGUCUUCCAUUGAUACUUGUGAAUGAGUGAGUAAAUGUAUUCUCGCCGUCUGUGGUGAUUUGUACGUGUGCGUGAGUGAAAGAUUUUUUUUUGAGUGUGUCUGUUGUGUUUUUGAUAAAUGUUCAAAUACUACCCUGUAGUACAGAUAUUCUAUAUUUAUACUCCUGUAUUCUUGUAUAUGAACUAUGUUUUAUGGUUCCUGUUGUCACCGUUUUAACACAGAAUAAGCAAUAAACAUGUGCUUCAUGUAAAGCAUCAGUGUCCGUCAACCCCUGAGGUUAUUGAUCUACAACCCCUGGCAAAAAUUAUGGAAUCACCUAUCUUGGAGGAUGUUCAUUUAAUUGUUUCAUUUUGUAGGAAAAAAAAAGCUAAUCAAAGACAUGCCACAAAACUAUCAUUAUUUAA